UUUUUUCUGACAGUGAAUAAAUUGUAUAAAUGUGUAAUAUUUAAAAUACAUAUAGCUUUAUCAUGUUAAAUAAUAAUUUGAGCAUAAGAUCCUAAAAUUAGUUGGUUUAGACAUUGUUACGUGUUAAGGUUGUUGUCCCCUCCCCUUUUGUUAUUUGUUAUUGGUUUCUUCCUGUUUUUCCGCUCUCUGCUGUCUCUCUGUUUUAGGUGCUGUGAUUGGUCAAGUAAUCUGUCCAUCAUGAUGAGUCAUCUCAUAGAACAUCCGAUCAUUAACGGGAUCAGGAUAAAAGACGCUGUGGAGAACGGAAGGGGAGGGAGCUUGGAGUGUUCGUUGGCUGUGCCAUUUGUUUAAUGCUGCUGAUUAGUGGUGGUUCGCUUGCUUGCUUGUUUGAUUGUUUGUGGAGUUUGAUACAGAGAUCGUCUUAUCUGAACUAAAAACUUCCUCAGCCCGGUGUUAAAGAAAAGGAAAGUAUGUCACGUGACUUACAUCUUACAAACACGCAGGAGUGACACUGGCUGCGUCCGAAACCGCCUACUUCUCUACUAUUUAGUAGAGGAAAAGCAGUAGGCGAGCGAAUAAGUAUGUCCGAAGCAAAAAGAGUACCUAGGUGACGUACUAAUUCUCGCGAGAUGCGGACGUGCGUCUACUUAAAGUGCGUCCGAAACCGCCUACUUCUCUACUAUAUAAUAGGGAAAAAGCAGUAGGCGAGCAAUUAAGUAUGUCAGAAACCUCAGUAAUCAUAAACGAGUAGUCGAGAAGUUCCCGGAUGACCUACUACUUCCGUCCAGAUUCUCAAGUGUUCCUCGAUCGAUACUUUUCUAUCCCAGGAGGCCACGGGAGAGGAUGCGUCAUAAUUGAACACGGAGGAGAAAAGCGGCGCGGAUGCUUUCAAAUAUGAGUAUUGAAAACUAAAAACACGGUUCCUUGUAAUAAAAUAGCAUUUGUUGAACUACUGUAGAGUAAACCGCUUAAUGUGUAAAGAUGCUAGACACUAUAGUUGUGAUUUUACAGUAAAAACACGAUUUAUUAUGAUAACAGGGGAGCUCUAGUAAACACACAUAACUUAAUUCUCCGAAGUGGACUUGCAUAUUAUAAACCACAUCUUAAAGGUGCUUAUUAAAUGUUUAUUUAACAUCUGACAGGAACAUCUUCUUUAAGUAUUAUGGCUUAUGAGUGAUGGAUUAUGUAUGAGUGAGGUAUGUGUGCUAUUAUGUAGAAUUCACUGUUGUUAACACUGCUUACAUUACAUGAAUGAAAAUAAUGUAAAUAAAUAAAUCUACAUAAAAUAAACAUAAGUUUAAUCUAUUUUAUUUGUCCAUUAGUACUGUUGGUAAAUUAAGGAACAUUUGUAUUGGAUAAAAAGAGAGUUAACACAUCAUAAACAUGUAAAUGUAGAUUUAAGCACACAAAUCUCAGAGGAAACUUGAAUCUUGUCUGAUGUUACAGGGACAGAUGAUCACACGUGUGUUUAUCCGGUGAUGAAGGAAUGCUGCCAUCAAAGGCUUUGAAGCUUUGUGGUGAAGCAGGACCUACAAGACAAGGUGACUACAGCAAAAAAGGAAAACCUGAAACAAAAAUAUAAAGAUGUGAAAUGUCCUCAGACUGGUGUGAGCACUGAGGAUGGAGAGCCAUAGCAGGUCCUGGAAAUGGUGUAGAGCCAUGGACGAGACGCUCCAUCACUCCUCCUUCCAAGUGACUUGAUCAAGGACACACUGGAGGUGAUGCUCCAGAGAUUGAACCAGCAACCUUCUGCUGACCAGCUCGGUGGUUUAGCCCACCACACCACAAAAUCAUGCUGAUGGAGAGCACAUGAAUGUUUGCAGCAGACACAGCAGCAGCCAGAUUGUCCUGCACAUCUUCUCCCACUCUUGCUUCAAGGUUGUGGGGUUCAGGGGUCCAUCAUCAUCUUCCUCAUCCUCUGGAUCAACGAUGUCCCCACUGAGAAGAGCAGCAGUGAGGGACAUGAUGGAUGAAGGUGUUCAUCAGCUGCUUCAUCAGAAUAAAGCUGCAGAAUGGGCACAGCUGUGUGAGAUGGCAGUAGGAUUGUAAAUAUGUGAUUGUUAGGUCAAUAAAUUUGAAUAAAGCUUUGUUUCAUGUGUUGUUGACUUGUAUAUGUGUUUAUUUAUUUUCAUUAUUACUUUUAUUAAUUCUUUUACUUUUUUUUUUUAUUAAUUAUGCUAUUAUUAUCAGUAAAUGUAUAUAUUUUAAGCAAUGAAUUAAUGCAUGAAUUGACUGUAAAUUGAGAUGUAUUCACAUCAGCUGUGUUUGUGUAGUGUGUAUUCAUAGUAUAAAAUCAGUCUUCUCCAAAGGCGAGAUCUUCGAGCAGCUGCUGCUAUCUUUGGCUUCAGACAUUGCUAACACUGAAGAAAACACAACUAGGUAACAAUAAACAAUAAUAAUGACAAAAAACAAACAUGUGUUUAUAUACAUCAUAGUUUGAGAUUAUAUACACAGACAUAAAGCAUGAUGAUAAGGUUAAAUAUUUUGAAUACAUCAUAAUGCAUAAAAGUAUUUAUUAUAAGCCUGAGGGAUGAAACUAGAGCUAAUUCAACAAGAAAAAAAGGAAAACAAAUUAAAUGUAUAUGUAAUUUGCUUGUGGAUGAACAUUUUUGCAUAUAAAAUAAAGAAAUUAACAACGUAUUCAACAAAAAAUAAAACUCGCAUUAUAAAAAUAUAAGAACUUUAAAUUAACCCAAAAUAUAUUAGUUGUACUACAAUUACAAAAUUACUGGCAGCUGUUUCUUCAACAAGACCACAAAAUAAGCAAGUUUGAUCAAUAUCAAGAUAUUUACAGAUAAAUGAAUUAAACCUGUCACUCAUAUCUUUUAAGUUGUUGCGCUUGUGAUAACGUCGUAGGUCACAUGAUAACGUCAACAUGGCGGAUUAUUUUCGGAUCGCAUUCAUACUCAAGGAGAUCUGGCUAUUAAGUACCUACUCUUUUAGCGCUCGUUAAUCUUUCUGAAUUGCAUAACUGCCAUCUGUUGACUAUCGCAGUCUCACAUGUGAAGCUGUAGCAGCUGCUAAAUGUCUUAAAUUAACCAGUUGUCACCUGAGACCAGUCUCAGUGGACCACAUUACCAUGGCACCACCUUCACUUGAUACCAGAAGUGACUUGUUGUCUCACAGUGGAGCCAUUCAGAAGGUGACAUGCAUGAGGACUAAAGCACAGAGAUGAACUGGCCCUCCAUCUCAGGGAAGUAGAUAAGAAACUUUUCGCUUUGUGAUUGUGAGUAAAAAUAUCUUCUGGUCACAACAGGUGAGUAUAUUUUACUUUUUGCUACAGUAUAAUAUUUUCCAGGUUUUGCAUUCUAUUUUUUUCUGUUUAUAUGUAUGAUAAUCAUAUACUACCAUUGAAUUUCUUUAUAACAAGCUGGAAUUAGUAGUUUUGGAAUGAGUAAUUUUGUGGACAUGCACUAGUAAAGUGACUGUAACAUAUAGUCCAUUGAAGGCAAGCUGAAGUGAACCCAAGUGCAGUAAUAUUUAACAAUGGUGACAGAAUAAACAGAAUCAAACGAGGACUUGACUUGAAAAGACUUGGACAUGAACAGGGGAAUCGCAUGACAUAACAAGGAACAUGACAAAACUAGGAACAUAGCUAUGAUGAUUACAAAAUAAAAGACAUAAAAACCUUAAAGUGAUCCAAAACCCAAAACUAAAUGUGACAGUGGCACAUAUUUUGAUGCUUAAAAAUGUAAUAAAAUAGUUGUAAACAUUAGUUAACUGCAUUAGUUUACAUGAACUAACAUUGAAAAAAAAUAUUUUUACUCAUUAACAUUAACAAAGAUAAAUACUGUAACAAAUGUCUUGCUUAUUUUUAGUUAAUCUUAGUUAAUGCAUAAACUGAUGUUAAUUAAUGGGACAUUAUUGUAAGGGGUUACCAAAAUAUCAGACAGAAUGAGUUACUGGUGUAAAAAUGACUAUCCUUUUGCAGUCUCUUUUCAUUUCUAGGCUGAGCAUGUGUCCUAAAAACUUCAAUCAGCUGAAUGGGAGGAAGUGGCACAAAAAAGGAUGUCCAGACAUGAAUGCACAAAAUCUCUGCUGCAACACAAGAUGUCUAAAACGGCCUUGUGUUAGACGAACAAGUUUGUCCCCAUUGUCCUCAUUUAUGAUAUUGACUGCGCUCGCCGUGUUUUUCAAAGCAAAUGUGACAGGAGCGAUGAAAGUGACCUCCAGUGGACCACAGACUAUGCAGAUGGCUCAAGGGGAACCUGUUACACUAGACUGCACCUACACGUCAGGUCCAGCAGACAUUGGCGAGCUUGACAUUGAGUGGUCAGUUGUCAGUCCAGACACCACAAAAAAAGACCAGAUGAUCAUAUCAUAUACAGGUGGAAGGAGAUAUGCCCAUGGUGACCCUGCUUUAAUGAAAGGUGUGAACUUCACAGCUGUAGACCCAUCCCAGGGAGAUGCAUCUCUAUCUAUCUCCUCGCUGAUGGUCAGCCAUGCUGGAACGUAUCAGUGCAAAGUUAAAAAGGCACCUGGGGUGGACAGUCGGAAAAUAUUGCUGAUUGUGAUGGUGAGGCCGUCCGUGCCGAAGUGUUGGGUUGAUGGUGGUGAAGCCGUGGGUGAGGCAGCAUCUCUCCGCUGCAGAUCGGAUCAAGGCUCCGCACCUCUGCUGUAUUCAUGGAGGAGAGAGAGCGGAGGUCCCAUUCCUCCAGACGCCAAUCAGAACUCCCUCACAGGAGAACUUCUAAUCCGUAACCAUUCUGUAAGCCACUCCGGUGUCUAUUCCUGUGAAGUUUCCAAUGCUGUUGGGAAAGAGAGCUGUCGGCUUAACCUUCAAGCUGUGAAGCCUCCUAACAGAGCAGGGGUCAUCACAGGCACCGUUGUUGGAUGUUUACUGCUCAUCAUAAUCGUCCUGCUCAUUAUAUGGCUUCUCGUCUUCAGAUGUAACUGGAAUCGUCAGGAGAAAGAGUUCUCCAAUGAGAUUAGAGAGGAUGCUCCUGCGCCUGAGAGCCGUCCUACCAGCCGAAUCUCCAGCUUCCGUUCAGGUGUGGCCUACAGCCAGGUGGGCCAUACCCAAACUGAGCAUUCACCCUCCACUAACACCAGCUACAGCACCUGCAAAGUAUGACAGCAGAUUUGGCUAUGCUGUAUGAGAAGUCAUGCUUUUAUUAUACUGAAGAUUGUCAUUGUACACUAUGUAACUAUUUGCCCUCUAGUGGUUAUAAAACAAAAAUGCAUGCAUUUUGGGGAAGAACAUUUAGGCUUUGCUUCGCUCUGCGAGACUGUGCGGGUGAAUAUGACCCUUCACAAUAUAUAAUGCAUUACAAUGAACUCUGUUAGAGAGCUAAAAAUCUCGUCCCGGGGGGUAAAAAUCACAUUCCAGGGGGUUCUGUUUGCACCCAGAGUAGCCAGAACUUUUCUCUAUUUACAGAUAUGAUGAGACAUGAAAGGGCAAGUGUCGUAUGUACGGAAUUUCCCGCGAAAACCGUCCCACUUGUUCUAAAAUAUAAACACUUAUAAUAGGCUUACCAUAGGAAAUAAGGGUAAGACAAAAACACAUUUUGGAAGAAGGAUUGAUGAUGUAUUGACUCUUAUUUCACUCUUAGAAAAAAAGGUUCUAGCUUCCGACGGUCAUCCGCCGGAAGCUAGUUAUUUGAAUUUAUACAAUUUUAUAUAUGGAGAUUUUUCUUAGAAAAACGCAUUGCUUCACUUCAAAAGGCCUUUAUUAACCCACUGGAGCCAUAUGGAUUACUUUGAUUAUGGAUGGAUGCAUUUUUUUCACUACCCCAUUCACUACCAUUAUAAAACUUGGAGGACUAAGGAUAUUUUUAAAUAUAUCUCCGAUUUUGUUCGUCUGAAAGAAGAUGAAAGUCUGAAAGAAGUCAUAUACACCUAGGAUGGCUUGAGGGUGAGUAAAUCAUGGGAUAGUUUUCAUUUUUGGGUGAACUAUCCCUUUAAAAUUGAAUCAUGAAUCAGUGGAUUCUCUCCCUAUUUCUGUGUAUUGAUUUGAUCAUGUUGCAAGAUACAAUAUGAAAUCAAAAUGUUAUGUCUUGUAAUUGUGUAAUGAUGCAAAACCAGAUCUCAUGUAAGAUGAUAUUGACAGAGCUCUUAACAAGGCCUAAAUUCAAUAUUUUUGUAAGGAGCAUCCAUUAUUGAUUUGUUUGUUUGUUUGUCUUUGUUAAGAUUAUGUAAAUAAAUGUAUCAGUUGCAUGUUUUUUUAUUAGAUUUGAAUGUUGAUGCUAAUGAGAAAAAUGUAAUUAAAAAGUCAUUUGCAUGUAAUGAUAGAGAGAAAUUGAAUUCUCUUUAUUCUUAAGUGUUUUUUAUUUGAUAAAAAUUGUUUGUUUUGCUGUUGUUUUGUCUCUACUUAUUUGUCUUAAAGAUAGUAUUUUUAGAUAGAUGGUAUUUUUAUUUAUUUUUUACAAGAAGGAUUUAAUUUCUUUGUUUUUGCCCAUAAAAUGUUGUUGUAAACGUUUUAAACUGAACUUUAAGAAACUGAAUUUUAAACAAUUACUUGUAUGUUGAAUUUGCAAUAACAUUGUAUAAAAUGAAGAUCAAUUUUUUGACAAAUAACAUAGAUAUUAACAUUUUUAAACAUCAAAAUUUCUUGUUAAAAUAUGAAUGAUGAAAAAUGUGAAGUGUAUUUUUAAGCUGUUGACUUUUUAAAAUAUUUUAUGUAGUAGGCCUAUCU